AUGGAAGCCGCCGAUGACGACGAGUGUCCCAUCAAAGAAGUCGAGUUAACCGUCCCAAAAACCGAUGAUCCCUCCAUUCCGGUGCUCACAUUCAGAAUGUGGGUUCUAGGUAUCACAUCCUGUGUGAUUUUAUCAUUUGUCAACCAGUUUUAUUGGUACAGAACCGAGCCAUUGUCCAUUAGCACAAUAGCAGCACAAAUAGCCACGCUUCCGAUUGGUCACUUGAUGGCUCGAACCAUAACCACAAGGCUCUUCUUUAAAGGUCGAUGGUGCGAGUUCACAUUGAACCCUGGUCCCUUUAAUAUCAAAUAACAUGUUCCCAUCACCAUCUUUGCCAAUUCUGGUGCUGGUACUGUUUACGCCACUUAUAUUUUGACUUCUCUGAAGCUCUUUUACAAGAAAGAAUUGGCUUUUCUUCCCGCGUUCAUUGUUAUGCUCACCACCCAGGUUUUGGGGUUUGGUUGGGCUGGACUUUUCAGGCUGUUUCUCGUUGAACCCGUCGAGAUAUGGUGGCCGGCGAACCUGGUUCAGGUCUCGUUGUUCAGGUCGUUGCAUGAAAAAGAAAAGAGACCGAAGAGUGGCACCACAUGUACGCAGUUCUUCGUGAUCGUUCUAAUCUGCAGCUUUGCUUACUAUAUCUUUCCCGGAUACCUCUUCCAGAUGUUAACAUCACUCUCUUGGAUAUGUUGGAUUAACCGAAAGUCUGUUAUCGUAAACCAACUCGGCUCGGGGUUAAACGGCCUCGGGAUCGGUGCAUUUGGACUGGAUUGGACCACGAUCGCGUCUUAUCUCGGCAGUCCUCUAGCCAGUCCAUGGUUCGCAACUGCAAAUGUAGCCGCUGGGUUUCUUAUGAUGUUUGUGGUCACACCCAUAAGUUAUUGGCUCAAUAUCUACCGAGCCAAGAACUUUCCAUUUUACUCAAUGGGACUCUUCAAAGCCGAUGGUUCCGCUUACAACACUCGGGCCAUCAUUAAUUCAAACUUUCAGCUCGAUAAAGUUGCAUACGAUAAACAAGGCCAAUUAUACUGGAGUUCCUUCUUUGCCAUGACUUAUGGCCUCGGAUUCGCCACACUUUCCGCAACAAUUGUUCAUGUCUUGCUUUUCAAUGGACGCGAUAUACUGGAUAAGAUGAAAGGGGAAUUAGGAAAGAAGAAGAAGAAGAAGAAGAAGGAGGAGGUGGAUGUACACACGAUGCUUAUGCGGGCAUACAAACCGGUGCCAUUGUGGUGGUUUCUGGUUAUUCUCGUGUUGAAUAUCGCUCUUAUUCUGUUCGUCUGCAGCCAUUAUGCGGCCACUCUUCAGCUGUGGUGGUGGGGUGUUUUGUUGGCUUGCGCCAUCGCUAUAUCCUUCACCUUGCCCAUUUGUAUCAUCACUGCCACCACAAACCAGACACCGGGUUUGAACGUCAUCACCGAGUAUAUGAUCGGUUAUAUGUAUCCCGGACGUCCUGUUGCCAAUAUGUGCUUUAAAGUUUAUGGAUAUAUCAGCAUGCAUCAAGCUUUGACCUUUAUUCAAGACUUGAAACUUGGACACUACAUGAAGAUACCACCUAGAGCAUUGUUCAUGGCUCAAGUUCUUGGAACGAUCAUAUCGGUCAUCGUAUACCAAGUAACUGCAUGGUUGCUAAUGGCUGGCAUCCCCAACCUCUGUAACACGGAAUUGCUUCCAAAAGACAGCCAAUGGAAGUGUCCAAUGGACCAUGUGUUCUACGAUGCUUCUGUCAUCUGGGGUCUUGUUGGUCCUCAACGAAUCUUUGGGAACCUCGGAGUCUACCCUGCCAUUAAUUUCUUCUUUCUGGUUGGAGCCAUUUUGCCGAUUCCAGUUUGGAUCGCUCACAAGUGUUACCCCAACAAGACUUGGAUUCGAUUUAUCCAUUUCCCGGUGUUGUUGGGCGCAACUUCUAUGAUGCCGCCGGCUUCUGCUGUCAACUACACUAGCUGGAUGCUUGUUGCCUUUCUAUCGGGUUAUGUUGCUUUCACCUAUUAUCCCAAGGUGUGGCAACGUUAUAACUAUGUUCUUUCGGGUGGUCUUGAUGCUAGGACGGCUUUCAUGGGUAUCUUGUUGUUUCUUGGGCUGCAAACCACCGGGGUUUCGGUUGAUUGGUGGGGCAAUAAACUCGACGGGUGCCCGCUCGCUACUUGUCCGACUGCCAAAGGCGUUGUCGUUCCCGGUUUUUAG